CUUAAUAUUGGUGAGAAAGUGCACCCACAUAAAUCAUCUAAACCUACAACUCGAGAAAGAGAAGGAAAGAGCACGAGUGAUGAAUGAAUGAUUUUUUUUAUAAGGGUGAAAUAGAUUAAAUUAAGCUGUCCAAAAUUACAAAGGGGAGAGACAGAGAAAAGAAAGAAAGAAGGGCUCACAAACGAGGCCCGACUAUAACCAAACCAAGAGUGGAAACAAACACUCAGAAAAGGCCAAAGAGACGAAACGGGAAAACGAUCGAAGAGACCAAAAACAUACAGAACUGUCACCAGUAGCUGCCAAGGCACCAGAUGCAAGGGGAAAAUGGCACCAAGGACCAACGCCAACGCAGCCCCUCAACAAAAAACCGCAAACACCACGAACUUCAGUAAAACACAAGGGUGCCUAGCAAGGGCAACCCGACAAGACUCCCCUGCAACAAACAAGCCAAACGACGACAUCCAGCAAAGAGGUAGAAAACGGUGGAGAAAAGCAACAACAUCAUCAGCACAAAUGACCUCACGAACAGUGAAACACAGAUGAAACAAACAAAUAGGAAAAUCAGUCAUGCAGCGGUAUCGGGCUGGGCCUUGGAAGAAGAUGAGCCUUGACAUUUUGAAGCCACAUAUGAGAGGCACUUCUCUCAACCUUGUUACCAGAACAAAGCCAGUCCAAAACGCACCUAGCAAUCGCAAAAGAGACCACGCAUGGUGAAGCAUACAGAUCUCAGAAAAUUCUGGAGUUGCGUUUCAGCCAGAUACGCCAGCAAAAGGCAUGUAAAAAGACUCUGGUGCACCACUCAGCAGCGCUGUGAGACGAGUUGCACGGCCAGAGCUUAAUCACCGUCGAAAUUUCCUGGGUGGGGGUGUUGAUCCUGACAAAAGUCUUCAUCAUGUACCAGACUUCUCGACUGAAGCUACAUGUGAGGAAGAGAUGGUCCAAAGUUUCUUCGCUGCUUCCGCACAUGACGCAUCGAUUGGUGAAAAACCAGCCUCUUUUCUUUAGCACCUCUUGAGUAAGGAUUCUGCGAUAAUAAACAGUCCAGAUGAAGGUGCAAACUUUAAGAGGGAUGACAGAUUUCCAAACAGUUUUGAAUGGGAACUCUGGGUCCGCAAGAUCAUUAUCCUUGACCAUCUCGGUGUAGUAAGAGUGAGUGCUAUAUCCUCCAACCUGAGUGAGAUCCCAAACAAUUCUUGAAGGUCCUACGGUAAAGCUUGGUAUAGAGAUAUUAUUGAGUAAAUUUAACAGACUAACUCUCUCACUCUCAUCCCCUCCCCUAAGUUUAUGAGAAAUGGAAAGAAACCAAGAAAGACUUCCCCUAGAAAUUCUCCACAGGUCAGUGGUGCAAUAGUUUGGUGUAGCGGAGACGGCGACAACCCGAGGGAACUCCUAUGUCAAGGGGCGAGAGCGAUCUUUGAGAAUAACAUCAAACCAAAAGGACGUGUCAUAACCCGACCCCGGGUCAACAUGAGCAAAUUUCCAGGAAUCAGUUCCGAGCUUCGAGAUAACAGCCAAAGGAUUGCAACCAAUGCGCCCCCUAAGGGAACAUGUAGACCACUGCGAGUAAGGAUUAGGAAACUUUUGAGCAAUCAUCCCUCGCCACCACGCAUUCCUUCCCACCACGAACCUCCACCACCAUUUAAGUAACAAAGCCUGAUUUCUAAGUCUCAGGUCCGCAAUGCCAAGAUAACCCAAUUUUCUCGGCAAUUUGCAUUUAUCCCAAGCCACGAGAUGGAUCUUCUUAUCCUCGCCCACAUCAGACCAGAUAAACGACCUUACUCAAGGGCUUUGAACAAACUGAACAUUUAGUUAGUCUGAGUGGUAAGAACGGUGUUGCAAGGAACGAUCCUUUCCCCCAUUGACAGAUAUUUCCCCCUACACCCCGCCAACCAUCCCUCCACUUUAUCAACGAUUUUGUUCCAAACAGUAGUAGAGGAUGGUGCAGCUCCAAGAGGAAGACCUAAGUAAUCAGUGUAUAGAAAACUCCACUCGCAUCCCAAAAUCUUCGCGAGAGGAUCAAUGUUAUCAACAUCUCCAACUGGGAAGAGGAAGCUUUUGCUGAAGUUAACCUUAAGACCAUUCGCGGUUUGAAACCAAAAUAAGGGCAGCAACUAAGUUGAUAACUGCUUCUUUCGUGGCAUCACAAAAAACGAUGGCUUCGUCGGCAUAAAGGAGAUGAUUCACACCAUCAGCUCUGCUCGAGUCAUCCAAGCAGAACCCCUCAAUGAGACCAGAGUCAUGAGAAAUUUGUAGAAUGAAGGAGAAAAGAUCCAUAACCAAACUGAACAGGAACGGAGAAAGAGAGUCUCUUUGCUUCAAUCCUCUCUGCAUAUUAAAGAAGCCCCUUGCUUCUCCGCAAACGAGAACCGAAAGAUUUGAAUGGCAAACGACCCCUCUAAUCCACUUACAGAAUCGCUGGCAAAGUCCCAAGUUGGACAAGGCAUUAAAAAGGCAGCUCCAGUUGACGGAGUCGAACGCCUUUUUGAUGUCCAGCUUGAAAAUGAUCCCCAAACGACCGCUCUUGAGUCUACUAUCCACCAACUCAUUAGCUAUAAGGGAAACUUCAUGAAUUUGCUUGUUACGUAAUCCUGAGAACUGAUGACGAGAGAUGAUUCGACUCAUAAAAGGCUGCAGGCGAUGGAACAACACUUUGGAGAUAAUUUUAUUCAGGCUACCAACCUGGCUAAUGGGGCGAUAAUCUUUCACUUCCUCCGCAGAGGUCUUUUUGGGGUUGAGACAUUGAGUCUGGAAUAAAGCUUGUGAUAUAGAACUUGUCCUGAGCCUUACAAAUGUCGCUUCUCACCACGGACCAAGCUUUCUAGAAGAAACGCAAAGUGAAACCAUCCGGGCCGGGAGCUUUGUCCCGCCCGCAAGAGCACACAGCUCUCCAAAUCUCAGCCUCCCGAAAAGGAAGUGCAAGGGAAUGAUUAUCCUCGUGAUUGAGGAGAUUCCGUUUGAAAUCGGAAGGGAACAGCCUGAAAGGCACCUGCUCGGAGAAUCUAUCCUGAAAGUGAUCCACGAAAAUAAGCUUGAUACCCUCCUUAUCAGAAACCAUCUCUUCGCCCACUUUCAAAAACUGGAUUGUGUUUCUCCGGCAAUUACUAUUUGCGAUACGGUGAAAGAAACCUGAAUUCUUGUCCCCAACCUUUAACCACAACUCCCGGGACUUCUGAUGCCAAGAAAUCUCUUCCAUAAGAAAGGUUUUAUCCAGGUCGCACCUCCACAAGCUCAUCGCAAUAAACUGAGCCUCCGAUAAAGGUCCAGCCUCUUC